AUGUGCCAUAGCACCGAAACUCAACGUUCUUCGCCAUGUCAUCGUAAAUGUUCAUACGUCGAGGCUUUUCAGCAGGCGAACUGUGAAUACAGAUCAUUGGAUACGAUACCAAUUGAAUGCAAUGCUGCUUCAUAUCUAUCGCUUCGUUACAACCACAUCUCUAGAAUACGACCUGUGAUUUUUAGAGGUUUUCUUUUUCUAAAAUACAUCUUGCUGUCAAACAACAACAUAUCACGUAUUGAAGCAAAUACAUUCAUCGGGGCACCUCAACUUAUGUCAAUCAAGCUUAACUACAACAAUCUUCAGGUGUUCGAUCGCUACGCGCUGAACGGAACGCAAAACCGACUUCGAGAUAUCUACUUAAGUAGGAACUCAAUGACAGUCGUCGAGAACGGGACCUUUCAACACGUACCAAAACUCAGUGUCAUUGAUCUACACCGAAAUCGCUUAUCUCAACUGGCUUCCGGUGUCUUCCAACAUUUAAAGAACCUCGAACGUCUUUUCCUUGGCAUGAACAAACUGGUUAAUCUUCCUGAGGAUAUCUUCAAAAACAUUUCAUCCUUGGUCUACCUAGACCUGUCUUACAACUCUUUCCAUCGAUCUCUUUGCACAUAUUGA